GUUUAUCUGAAGUUCCAUCAGAUAUUGUUAAUAUGAAGAGAUUACUGCACAUCCGCCUUCGGAGCGAGUAUAUUUUGCCCAGUGUAGCUGCCCACAUGACAUCUCUUCGCACUCUGGGGUAUUUUGAUAUCGGCAGUCACUCAGAAGAGAAUGUAUUACAUCUUGGUCGGCUGACCAAUCUUCAGGAUCUUCAGCUCACAUGGUCUACAGUGGGGCCAGCAGAAAAACUGGCAAAGAAUGUGCAACUCCUAGGCUCGAUUCUCGAGAAACUCACCUUCUGUCAUUCCCUAACUCUGGUACCAGCUGCUUCAGGCUCCUCGUGUGUAAAUAUUCCUGAGGAUGGCUUCAGCAUGGGGUUUCCUCCUCCAGGCCUUCUUCUUCGCAGGAUGGAGUUGUCGUGGCGCUGUUGCGUCUUCUUCAGCCUCCCAAAGUGGUUUGAAGAGCUCAACAAACUCAGCAUUCUAAAGAUUGGAAUUAGAAGGCUGUUGAGGGAAGAUAUUGAUCUCCUGAAAGGACUGCCUGCCCUCACUGCUCUCAGCCUGUAUAUCCAGACAGUUCCUGCCCUCACUGCUCUCACCCUAUAUAUCCACACAAUUUCCGGAGGAUGCAUCGUCAUUGACAAGGGGGGGUUCCAAGCACUCACGUACUUCAAGUUCAUGUGCGCUGAACCAUGCCUGUUUUUUGUACAAGGAGCAAUGCCCAGAGUCCAAAAGCUCGUGAUAGGGUUCAAUUCAAGCAAAUGGAAACCACAUACCUUUGGAACUGCUGGCUUCUGUCACUUAACAGGCCUUACAGAGGUCUCUGUAAAACUUGGGACCUGGGGUACUGAUGAAUUGGACAUUAACGAUGCCGAGUCUAAAUUGGUGACCGCAGUUAGCAAUCACACGAAUUCUCCUAUAAGCAGAGUACAAUUCGUAGAUAUGAUUUCCUAUGGUGUGGAUGAUAAGAGAACUGCGACUGAAGAAAAACGUGGGGGCGGGGGUGUUGAUAAAUUCGGCAUGAAAGCUGCCAAGUCUGCAUCAUACUCUCGCAUAAGCAAUCACAUGAACUCUUCAAUAAACAGUUCACAAUGGUCUGAUGUGAUUUCUUGUGGCAGUGGGAAUAAGAGUAGCAUAGCUGAAGAAGUGGAGGAAAAGCUACACCAGAUUCGAGACCGACAGAAAAAGAAGAGGGAAAGAUCGGUGGAACAGCCAUCUGUUCUAUCUUUUUUUCCUGAAAAAGAAGUUGAAAAGCCAUAUGAAAUUGAAUAUCGCAAUAAAAAGAUCAAAUAUUUGGAGGAACGCGUGCACAAGCCAUUAGUAAAUACCAGAUAUGUGAGAAAAGAUGGUGCUUCCACUCCUCUGAAGCAUCGCACACAAUCAGCCAACCUUGUGACGGGUGCCUUUAGCUCCCUCCUCCCCAAGAUCCUGGAGCUCCUCAAUGACAAGUACGAUCUGCGGAUGGACAUAAAAAAAAACAUCGAGUCCCUCUACAAGGAGCUGGAGGGUAUGCAAGCUGUCCUCCAUGACUUGGCGAGGAGGGAACAGGCUCAACUGGAUGCUGUGGUCAUGAUCUGGGCCAAGGAAGUAAGAGACCUCUCGUAUAAUGUGGAGGAUAUGAUCGAUUCCUUAACAGGGGAAGAGAUAAGAGGCUUGUCCGAGAAGACCCCGUUCUUCUUCCUCGUGAACGACACUGACUUCAUCUAUGAGAACAGGGAAAAGGUCAUCAAUGAGAUCAGGGAAAAGGUCAAAGGUGUGGCCAGCCGACGUGAGAAGUACAAGGUUGAUGACCGGAUUGUUGCUGCUUAUCCAAAAGCCACAGAUAACGUUGAUCCUCCCCUGUUGGAUCUGUUCCAAGAGUCGGAAGAAGUUAUUGGCAUCGAAGCUCAAGUGGAAGAGGUGAUAAGGCAGCUGAAAGGACACGAUUGGGACAACAACAAUAACAAGCUGAAGAUAGUCUCCAUAGUUGGAAUGGCAGGAUCGGGCAAGACAACUCUUGCGAAAGCAAUUGCCAAAGCAGUUCCCAAAGAAGUGCUUCAUGAUACGGUUUUCGUUUCCGUAUCUCAGGAUCCCAACAUGAAGAGAGUUCUCAUGGACAUCCUCCUUCAAAUUGACGAGCGGGAGUACAGGAGUCUCACUGGAUCAACGUUCGAUGCAAAGCUGCUUAUAAAUAUAAUCCGGAGAGUAAUUGGGAGCAAGAGGUACUUCAUUGUUAUUGAUGAUAUAUGGGAUGUGAAGUCAUGGAAAUUUAUAAAGGAUGCUUUAGAUACUCGAUGUGGAAGUAGAGUAGUCAUAACCACAAGGCUUUUGGAAGUUGCUGUCAAUGCUGGUGAUGUUUACAAGCUAAAAGCACUUUCUCAUUCGCACUCUGGAGAAUUGUUUAAUACAAGAUUAUUUGGUGGCAAAGACAAUGUCCCUCGUGUCGUGCCGGAGGUACCUGAAAAGCUUUUACAGAAAUGUGGUGGUGUACCAUUAGCUAUCAUCACAAUGGCUAGUUUGUUUGCGAGGAAACCAAGGAACUAUUGCUCUAAGGUUUUUCCGGAGGACUAUUUAAUAACGGAAGAAACUUUGAUCUGGAAGUGGGCAGCCGAAGGUUUAAUUGUUGAGGAACCAGGAAGAGGGUUAUUUGAGAUUGGAGAUGGAUACUUCAAGGAACUCAUAGAUAGCAGCGUGGUCAUGCCAGUGGAGGAUGACUCAGAUUAUGGGACAAUUGUUGGUUGCCGUGUCCAUUACUUGGUUUUUGAUAUGAUCUGUUCCUUAUCAGCUAUAGAAAAUUUUGUUACCAUAGAGGAUGGAAGCAGUCAAUACUCUCUUAUUGAAAGCAAGCAGGCUCGCAGGUUAGGUAUCCAAAAGUGGACCACGGAGAACGGCGACCCUCUGGCUAACAUUGGCUCGAGAAGUCUGAGGUCAUUUAAUACCACGGGGUGUCGUUUUAGUGUGGAACUAUCACUUUCAAGGUUUAAGCUCUUGCGUGUCAUUGCUAUCGAAGAAUGCACAUUGCUUGAUGGCGAUCUUUCUCCUCUGGGGAAGUUAAUUUUGUUGAGGUACCUCGGACUAUAUCACACACUUAUCAAGAAGCUACCGGAAGACAUUGGUGAGCUAAUUUAUUUGCAGACACUGGACCUGAGGGGGACCAGGGUCCAUGGAUUGCCCUGGGAAGUUACUCAGAUAAGUCAGCUCAAGUGCCUGCGAGCUGAUGGAGACACAGCAAUGCCUUACGGGAUGGGAAAACUUACAUCCUUAGAAGAGCUGCGGCUGGGCGCGAUUGACACGUCGGCAGACUUUGUGGAUGGGUUGGGCAGACUGACAGAGCUGAGGGAGCUCGAGAUUCGGAUUAACCAGUUGGAUGUGAACGAGGCGGGAGCUUUGGUGCAGUCUCUGAAAAAACUAGAGAAAAUCCAAGUCCUAAGACUUGUGGGAUUUCCUUGGCCACCAUCUCGUGUUGACGAGCUCAACUGGGGAAACUUUGAUCCGCCUCAACAACUCCGUGAGUUGCAUCUAAGCAUCCCAUCCACUCGGCUGCCGGCGUGGGUUCACGUCUCCCGUGUUCCAAUGCUCUCACACUUAGUUGUGAGCCUCAAGUCUAAGGAGGAUCAGGAUUUGGAUAUUCUUGGUGCUUUGCCAGAGCUCAGUAGUCUGCAGCUGGUGCUGCCGUCGAAAGUGGUCCUCAGCAUCACUGGUCGUUCCGGUGCAUUCCCGAGGUUGAGGUACUUUCGCACGUCUGUACCAGCCAAGUUUCUAAGAGGCGCUAUGCCCACACUGGAAUUCCUUCACUUUGAUGCCAAUUUUGACUUUGAUCCUGACUUUGCUGCAUCAACGUUGGGGAACCUGCCUUCACUUCAGAAAGUGGAAGUGGAAAUAACAUCCAAUGCUCUCUCCUUUGAGUCGAUGAAUGAGGUGAUGAAGCGUGCAGUGGACCAACAUCGAAACCAUCCCAGCCUUCGUGUCAUCAAAGUAGAUCAU